GAAAGACAAGCAGAAGAGCGGAACGUCACCAGUGAGAGAAUCAAGGCGCUUGUGUUAUAAGAGGUUGCCCUCCCUGAUAACAUGAUCUUAGAGCUUACAGUAGUUUGACGACGAAGCCAACCACAAUUGAAACUGAAGUCUGAGGCUGUUCCCGUGGUGCGCAAGUGUGCGGAAUCAACAUUACGCGUUUCUGAGUGCGCAAACGUUAGGAAUGUGAAACCCUUGAGUUUGCUCGUUUAUCCAGAAUAGCAUGAUCAUUUCGACUCCGUAAUGCGCACUGGUUUUAGACUUUGCUGGGGAUGAUACAUUUAUAAAGUUGAUAUACGUUUAAACUUUACAGAGAACGCUGAUAUUUCCUCCGUGCUGGAAUAUCAGAGAUGUGCUGAAGCUCAACCAGACUGAACGAGAAGGGACUCGUUGGAGCAUGAACGACUCGCUACUUCGCCAUCACUUCGGCAUCACUCACAUGGAUCACAGCGCGCAACAUUCGUACAAUAUCGACACGAACAUCACUUUCGGCAGCAACGUAACGCUCGGGGACAUGAACGCAACGGGCAUCUCCCAAAUCAUGAUCCCCCAGGAACUGUUUCUCGUGCUCGGUUUGAUCAGUUUAGUGGAGAACAUUUUGGUCGUGGUGGCGAUCAUCAAGAACAGAAAUCUCCAUUCGCCCAUGUAUUAUUUCAUCUGCUGUCUGGCGGUGUCUGACAUGCUGGUGAGCGUCAGCAAUGUGGUGGAGACGCUUUUCAUGUUAUUGAUGGAACAAGGGCUGCUGCUCGUCACGGCACAGAUGUUACAACACCUGGACAACGUGAUCGACAUCAUGAUCUGCAGCUCGGUCGUCUCCUCGCUGUCGUUUCUGUGCACCAUCGCCGCGGACCGCUACAUCACCAUAUUUUACGCGCUUCGCUACCACAGCAUCAUGACCACGAGGCGCGCUGUGGCCAUCAUUGCGGUGGUUUGGCUUACGAGCAUCACCUCCAGCUCUUUGUUUAUCGUGCACCACACGAACAGCGCGGUCAUCGCCUGUUUCGUCUCGUUUUUUGGAGUGGCGCUGGUCUUCACAGCGGCCCUAUACCUGCACAUGUUCAUCCUGGCGCACGUUCACUCCAGACGUAUCAGGGCUCUGCACAAGAGCCGCCGGCAGGUCACCAGCAUGAAGGGAGCUAUCACUCUGACCAUCCUGCUCGGGGUUUUCAUCAUCUGUUGGGGGCCAUUCUUCCUACACCUCAUUCUCAUACUCAUCUGUCCCACAAACCCGUACUGCCAGUGUUACUUCGGCCACUUUAACCUUUUUCUGAUCCUUUUCAUAUGCAACUCGCUCAUAGAUCCUCUUAUUUACGCGUACCGCAGCCAGGAGCUUCGCAAGACUCUCAAAGAAAUUGUCUUCUGUUCAUUGUGCAUUGUAAUGUGAUGUAUUUGUAAAGAGAAGCUUGGUAGGCUACAUGUGAAGCGGGAUCGUGUCAACCUGAUAUUUUGGACAGAUGACACCUUUCUGGUGCAAACAGAUUACUGAAAGUUUUUCAACACAGAUGCAUAAACAGAAUCUGAAAUACCUCUAUACAAGGACGAAGGGUCUAAUGGACCAACGAAAGUUUCAUCGAUCAGCUCAUAUUUAUUGUUGUAAUAGCAGAAACAGCCAUUGCCAACCCGUGCUGAAUGCCACUGAUCCAUUAAAUGCACUUGGGUAAAUUAAUUGCUUCCAAGUAAAUAAGUAAUCUCUCUCUCUCUCUUCUCUCUCGCUCGCUCGCUCGCUCGCUCUCUCACAAAGUCUUUGGCUGGGCAGACAAAACUCUCUCUCUCUCUCUCUCUCUCUCUCUCUCUCUCUCUCUCUCUCUCUCUCUCUCUCUCUCUCACAAAGUCUUUGGCUGGGCAGACAAAAGCCCAAUUAGAA